GAGAGAGAGAGAGAGAGAGAGAGAGAGAGACAGAGAGAGAGAGAGAGAGGUCGCUCACAUGCACUCUUGAAGUUCAGAGCUAUUGGUUCAAAACGAAGAACAAAGAUUAAGACUGAUUUGUGAAGCUCUCCUGCUGAACUUCUGGGUCACAGCACCAUUUGCUUGUGGGAUAAUACGAUAUUUCCAUUUUUUGAUAGAUAUUCUACCUGAGCAGAUGGGUCCAGGGAAAUGCUACUAAGAUUGGAGUGCUGCAGCUGGGGCCUUUCCUGAAUGUGUUCAACUGUAAAUAGUCCUCAUCCCUUUAGUUUCAAUCGUGAGGGACUGGCAAACUGUAACAGACUUCAUGGGGGACUGUCAAUGUCUACAACUCAAAGAUUCAAUGCGAGUGGCGGUUUCAGACCUACUCCCAACCCCCAGCAGUCAGAGAUGGACCUGGCCUGGCAAGAACUAAUGGCCAUCACGGAACUUCAGGAAUUUGAGGUACCCAAUGAGAAUCCUUUUGAGGCUGUGCCAUAUCUCUCAAUGGAGCCUUAUGGGAGUUUUGGAAUGAGUCAUUCGCUGUCCGAACCCAGCCCACCUGUCUGUGAAGCAAGCCCUGCUUCUGCUGCUUUUGAAAGUGGGUACAUUGAUGUGAUGCCCUCCUACCAACGCUUGAACCCACACAUGGAAAUGCACUAUGGACACAGUGGGGGUCAGAUGACAUCCAGGCUACUGCCAAAUGCACAGUCCCUUCAGCCUGCCCCUCUCAUGAGCCUCCUGGAUCACAUGAGCAUGACUAGUACUGGCCAGGGACUCGGAAAAGAGGUCUCUGGACACCCGGCAGAUGACAUAGAAUCAGACUCUGGUCUGUCACUGGGCUCGAGCCCUCCACUUGCCUCACCAGAGAACGCUGCACAUGGGGUACCCAUGUACCUUCCCCAUAACAGCACUCUCAGUUACACAGACAGUGAGGCACAGUGCAUUGGAGACCAAUGUCGCAUGAGGACAACUAUACCCAGCUCUGUGGAUUACCAACACAACUUCAGCUCUUACUCUGGACACUCCUGCUUCUCUGUAGCACCCAAUUUGCAACAUGCUCCACUACAGGCCCCCCAGUCCCAACAGCCAAUAACUAUGAAACAACUUUUGCCCACCACCCUGAAUGACUUUCAAAUGAACACCUCAAGAGGAAGUGCCUUCCAGGGAUCUUACCCCAAAGCUAGAGGAAGCGGGUCUUCAGGACCACUCAGCAGGGAUGAGCGGAAGGCGCUUGCUCUCAAAAUUCCCUUCCCUCUGGACAAGAUUGUGAACUUGCCUGUGGAUGAAUUCAAUGAACUACUCAGCCAGUACACACUGAAUGAUGCCCAGCUGACAUUGGUCAGGGACAUUCGGCGACGGGGAAAAAAUAAAGUGGCAGCACAGAACUGCCGUAAAAGGAAGCUGGAAAACAUCGUACACUUGGAAAAUGAGCUGGGGCAACUGAGGGCACAGAGAGAGCACCUAGCCAGGCAGAGAUUGGAAUUUCAGCAGAACCUCACCAUCAUUAAAUGUCAUCUCUCAGAUCUUUACACCAAAGUGUUCUCCCAGUUGAGGGACGAGGAAGGACACCCAUAUUCAUUAGACGACUACUCACUUCAACAGACUAAUGACGGUAACAUUUACCUAGUGCCACGAAAUGCAGCACUUGAAGGUGAUUAAAGUGUAUAGAAAGGCUGCUUUUCUCCAUUUUCAUUAAUGUAUAGGACAUUUUACAUGUUAAAACAAGGGCCCAAAAAAAAAAAACGGUACAAUUUUGGGGCUGGGCCCAUGAUUUAGUGCCUUUAACCCCCCUCCUCAGGGUCAGCCAAAUAUUACAGAACACUUCAAAUAAACUCACUCAACCUGAAACAUCCAUAAGUUGUACACCAGAGAGAAGCACAAGCCAUUGUCAUAUUAAAAGCUUUAUUGAAAUGAGUAAAAACUGGUUUAAAAAAAACAAAAAAAAAAAAAAAAAGUGUAAAAACAUGUCCACCAGCUUCUUGGUCCUAGAAGAGAUCAGAACUUUAAAAAGAAUUUUAUUUGAGGUGAGGAGAAGGGGGAAAAAUAUAUAUAAAGUUAAAUUUUACCUUCACAGUGCCUGUAGAAACAAGCAAAAAAACCAUUCUGGAUUGAAGACGCUUCGCAUCAAAUUCCUAGAAAGAAGGAAACCAGAUUAUUUAGGCAGUUAAGCUUGAUGCAACCCAUAAGUAUACACAUACCAUUAACACAUGCAUUAAUCUGAAGGCACACGUAUUCUUGUUAAGCUGUUUGUGCCAGUUCACCUCGCUCUGCAGUUACUUCCCUGUAAUUAUGACACUGAAUUCAAAGUUGUGAAUACUGUACUUGUCUACAAUAAAUAAAAGAGUCAAGUUCAA